GAUGGUUGUAAGGAGUUGCAGGGGUAAAGAGAGUUGUCAUCAACAACUAGCGAAGAAAAUAGUUCUCCUGCGUCUCUCUUCCUGCUCCCACUAGCUACACCUUUAGUUUCCCUGUGGGUCGGUCGGAAAGAUGACAAAGGUAUACCCCAACACCACCCCUUCUCCAGUGGCAGUACUGGAGAGUAGUCCAAUAACAACCGGUGGUGUUUCAGACGGAAAGAUGACAAAGGUUUACCCCAGCACCGGUAUCAGUAUCCCUUCUCCAGUGGCCAGUCCAACGGACGGAAAAGCUGCAGUGAUAACCGUUUGGAAGAAAUCCCUUUUGUUCAAUUGCAACGGUUUCACGGUCUUUGAUGCAAAGGGCAACCUCAUCUUCCGUGUCGAUAACUACCUCUCCGGCAAUAAGGGGGAGAUCGUGCUCAUGGACGCCGAGGGCAAACCUCUCCUCACCAUUCGUCGCAAGAGGCUGUGCCUAGGGGACUGCUGGUUGGUCUACGACGGGGAGACGGCCGUUAAUCCUCGGUUUUCCGUGAAGAAGAACGUGAAUCCCUUGAACUCGAAAUCGUUGGCUUACGUGACGGGAAGCUGCGGCGGCAAAGGUCGGAAGCACGACAAGUUGUACGAGAUGGAGGGGUCGUACGCCCAACGGUGCUGCGCAGUGUAUGACGACAAGAGAAGGCGCGUGGCAGAAAUCAAGCGUAAAGAGACGACCGAGAAAGGUGUCGCCUUCGGCGUCGACGUAUUCAGGCUCGUCGUGCAGCAGGAACUGGAGCUGACGGAUGCGAUGGCCUUCGUGAUCCUUCUGGACCAGAUGUUCGGAACUGGACGGUUCUCCGGUUUUAGCCAGCGGUGACAAAGCGUUGGUGCGGAGCCAGUCUAACCGGCUAUCACAAAUUAAUGGGUUUCUAGCUAAAUGAAUCCCCCAACUCUGGAACUGGAACCGGAAGUAGCACUGUAGCAGUGCCUCCCUUCCUCCACGGCUCCACCUCUUCGCAUAAUCGUAGUCGUUGAGAUUUUUGAUAUUUAACACAAGUUCUACCCUUUUUGUUUUUUUA